AACCUUGGGGAACAGUCUAUAAAUAGCCAGGCUGUUUGCAAAUCGGCAGACAUCUCCCUGAGCAGUCACAUCGGAAGAACCAACCAUGCAGGCCCUGAACAAGACCUACCCCAAAAACUGCCUGCUCACCGUUAUGGACAGGUAUUCAGCCACCGUGCGGAACAUGGAGCAGGUGGUCAUGAUCCCCAGCCUUCUGAGGGAUGUGGCCCUGGAAGACUCAGGCUGUGAGGCUCCCACAGAAGAGGCAGGGAGCCACGACCUCUACAGCUACUAUUCCAUGCUCAAGUCCAUCCGGGUGGAUGUGGACAACGGACUGCUGCCCAAAGACAAGUGGAAGUCCAAGAUUACCAACUCAGACGAAGAGGACGAGGAGGACGAUGAAGAGGAAGAAGAAGAAGAGAAGAGAGAGGAAGAGCUGGACCUCGAGGCUCAGUUCCAUCUUCAUUUCUCCAGUCUCCAUCACAUCCUCACCCAUUUGACCCUGAAGGCCAAUGAAGUGACAAAGAAAUACCUAGAAAUAACCGGGCUGACGAUGUAGACCCCGGCGUCCUGCUCUCUGUUAGAAUGCUCCACAACUUGUUUGGCUGAAGACAGAAGCCCCAUGCAUGAACAAUGAAAGGCUCAUGGGCACUUAACAUUUUGUGCCAGGACAUUUGCUGGGGGCUGCAGAUGGGAGAGAAGACAACUUGGUCAAGUGACCUGCUUCUCUGGAUAUCCAUCUGGGAUGUUCCCCACUGACAUCUGCCAGGAACCAGGAGAUCCUUGCCAGCAUCUUUGAAAACCCGCUUCAAUCCUCCCUCCCCUGGGUCGUUAGUUGGGGUUGGUGGGUGGUUUGCAGGGGACAGGAAGAGACCAUCUUAUCUUUAUUUUGUCUGAAGCUGCUUUUUCUCCCAUCCCACUUGUCUUCUCCAGCUUUUGCCUCUCUUCUACUUCCUGAUGGUGGCCACUAAGAUUCCCCUAAAGAGUCAGGAGGGCCCACCGGCUCCCCCUCCCAGAACCACUGAUCUUCUGUAUUAUAGGGGUUAUGAACCACACCUUCUUACCUUUGUGUCUGAAACCCUUCAGCAGUUCACUGUGUCUGGGUUGAUUUGGGGGAAUGUUAUACUUUUCUUGGCUUGAAUCCUCAUUCAGAAAUAUAGGGACAUGUUAUCUCCUAGACAAAAUUUAUUUCCCUCCUCUCAGGAGGUGGACUACAGAUAUGGAAUGCCAUAUAGAGUGACCUAUGGUUGAUAUAUGUUUGUUUUGCUUAACUGUUUUCUUUGGGGGGGGGGGUGAAAGGGGGAGGAAAUGUUACAAGCCAGAGUUCUGUUAUGUUUAAUUACUUGAAAGUGACAGGGAUGUAAAAAAAACCCCAAAAGUUUAAAAAAUAAAACCUUUUUAAAAAGCAAAAA